AAUCGAAUGUUUUCCUUGUGUUCGCCUUGUCAGUUUAAUUAUGGUGACUGUAGUUUCUCGAAAUGUCAUGAUCAAAAUGGAAGGUAGCUCAGGGAUUUCCCCCUCUGUUGAUCAUAAAGUUCAAGAUUCAUCUACUCAGAAGCCUAAUGGUGAUUUAAAUCACCGACCUGUGAUGGCAUGUAAUGAUACGAACAGAUUCGGUCCUCAGAAUAAUACGUACAAUAAUUCAAGUGGUUCCAUGUCUAAAGCCCUUCCGACGAAUAGGUUAGUUACAAAGGUCGGAUUUGCAAACUUGCCCAACCAAAUACACAGAAAAGCUGUUCGGCGGGGUUUUGUGUUCAAUCUUAUGAUUACUGGAAGCUCUGGACUUGGAAAGUCCACUUUUAUUAACUCUUUAUUUUGCGCGGACAUAUACAACACUGAUUAUCCUGGUCCAUCAAGACGAUCCUAUUCUUCUGGAACUUGUGUGGAUUCAAGGACGUUUGCAUUGAAUGAAGCCAACGUUUCUCUCAUAUUGACCAUAAUUGAUACUCCAGGUUUUGGUAGUGAACUAGAUAAUUCUUCAAGCUGGAAGCCUCUAGUAAAAUAUAUCGAUUCUCGUUUCGAAUCUUAUCUCCGAGCUGAGCUAAAUGUCUCUCGUGUAACAGUCGGGUCUGGAGCAACGUAUCAACCAGGCUUACCUAAUGACCAACGAGUUCAUUUGUGUUUAUACUUUAUCUCUCCUAAUGGGCAUGGUUUGCAUCAACUAGAUAUCGAAACACUUAAACAGCUACACAACAGAGUAAACGUAGUCAUUAUUAUUGGUAAAGCGGAUAGUCUUACACCAGAUGAAUGCUCUCAAUUUAAACAAACAAUACUACAAGAGUUACACAAUCACAAUAUUAAAUUAUACGAUUUCCCUGAAUCGGUUGCUAAAUUAGGCGGUGCUGAAGAAUCGUAUUCAAUCAAUGAAAUUCGUCAGGCUCGAGGACGUCAGCCAUUUGCAGUGGCUACCAGUAAUAAUCUUGUUACUCUACCGGAUGGAAGGAAGGUAUACGGCCGAUCUUAUCCAUGGGGGGUUGUUGAAUGUGACAAUCUUGCACACAAUGACUUUAAGGCAUUAAAGCAUUUACUAAUGAGUGUUCAUUUGCAGGAUUUAAUCGAUGUGACACAUCAUGUACACUAUACAAAUUAUUUCUCAUCACGUUUAACAAGUAUUGCUGAAGCAAGUAAAUUUUUAGCCACAGAAGAUAGUCGUGAACCUUUGAGUCAAUUGGAAACGGAACGUUUAGCGCAUCAGCGUAAAUUGGCUAAAUUAGAGUCUGAAAUGGAGAAUGUUUUUGAACAAAAGGUUCAUGAACGUACAAAUAAAUUAAUUGAAACAGAACGUGAUCUUGUGGAACGUGCUGAACAAUCAGAAAAACACAUAUUAAUACAGUUAACUGAGUUUGAGAAACGUAGACAAGAAUUUGAAGAUGAACGUGCUAUUUGGGAAGCAGAAAAUCGGGAAUCUUUAGAAGUUGGACAAUGCCCAGUAAUGAAAUCCAUGAUGCGCGUUUUAUCUUAUUUGGAAGUAUCUCCAUCUGUGUUAAUGGUCACACCAGAACACAGACUUAGUACCUCCCUCGUCCAAUGCCAAACCUUUUAUUCUCUUAGCUAAUGAGUUCAGGUAACCACUAGCUUAUGCAAUGUAAAUUUCACUACUAUCCAUCAGCUCACUCUGUCUAAUAUGUUUGUAACCUAAUGACAUCAUCUAGCUAGUCUGCACAGAAAACAAAUAUACCAACAAAAUAAGAGAUUGAUCGAUUGCAAUCUUUAACAUGAACGAGAAAAUCUAAAUAAACCUCACAAAUGAAUUUAUUUUUCAUAUAUCAUUAAAAGUACAUUAUUACAAAUUUACAUUAUUAUACUUUGAUACUAAUCACUAUUUGUACACUGCUUAUUAGUAGAUAAAAACCUUUAGUCAACUUGUAGUCGAAAAUUGAAAACAUUUUUUAUUUGAGAAUCUCCAGGGAAAGAAAACACAUUUUGAGCUGAAACUAUUGAAGAAUUACCAAAGAUUGAUAAUCAGAUCAAAUUGAUCAACUGUUGUAUUCAGAUAUUCCAUCUCAAUAGUUACAUAGACUUAAGGAAUCUUAUGUUCAGUCAUUUAAAAACUAGAAAAAGAAAAAGGAACAAAUGUUAAAUACACUAAUUAAAAAACUUUACUUCAGUUCCACUAUCGUUUCCCUUAAUUGUUUGUUAUUUAGAUGGUAACUAAGCAAUAUUUAGAUAUGUGCUAAUUAACUUUAAGUGAACCCAAAUACUAUUAGCCGAAAAUAGUGCUAAACACAAUGAUUUUAAGUCAUACACAAAACACAUACAUUUCCUCAAUGUCAUGUAUUAAGAAGAAAUCCAGUCAAACAAUAGGUCUAUAGUCAUAUUUUUUUGUUUCUUGACCCUGAAGUUCAACAUUAAAUAUCCCAGAUCUAGUAGGCUCAUGAUGGCUAAAGAAAAUUAGUGUGAGAUUAACAGUUUUCAAAGACAUUAAACGUAAUAGUAACUGAAUAAUUCCAAACAACAAAUUUUAUCGUAAUAUGUAGAAAUAACAACGUAUCUGGGUAUUUGUGAUUCAACAUUUUGAGCUGUUUCAUUCCAGUUGACUCAAAUUAUUCUUCAUUGAUUUGAUAUUUCAAAGAUUUUUUUAAAACUAGUAUUGUAAAAAUAUGUUUAGGAAUAAAUUGAAUUACUCAAACGACCAAUUACUAUUAUUUUCAUGUCUACUUACUCUGUUUUCAUUCAUUCCACUAUUUAUCAAAAAUUGAUGUUUAGGAUUGGAAUUAAUCACUUUGUUUUAGCACAUGUAUAUAUUGUGCGAAUUAUCUCGAUAUUGCCAUUAGGUCCCAAGCAUUUUAAACAGAGAUAAAUAGUGGCUAGCAUUGGGAUCCAGGAUGCGCGUUCUGUCCUAUUUGUACGUGCCUGCAUCCUAGAGUUGAUGUUCGCUCCGGGAUUCGAACCCAGUCCCGAUUGCUUCAAAAGCCGUCUCGUUGUUACUAGAAUUUUUCCCACUUUUUUCGUCGUAUCAUCGUCAUCUGAAGUGGUAAUAAAAUGCCUAGAUUUCCUGUAUCAUCUUCAUGGUGGUUAGUUUUUGAAUCAAACAAUCAUCGAGAGUAUGAAGUUCGGUUGAAAGUUAUUUACAAAACAUUGCAUUCACUUUUUGUCAGGAUUAUUGUUAUCCGACCUCUUAUUGUUUAGUAUUCUUCGGAUACUCUACUUUACUCGACUAGUCCUUAAAAUCAAAACACAGCUUCGACUGGUGUGUGAUUAUAUUCCAAAUAAAUCUAGUUGAAUAGGAGUAAAUGACAAUAAGUAAAAAGUUAGUGUAUUUAUAAUUUCACACGAUAAAUUUAUAGAGUCUUCUCCAAAUAUCCCCUAUCGCUGAUUGGCCAAGAAUGAGCCGAUUUGUAUGUUCUAAUAUAAUCCUACCUGGAACAUGCCUUAAUUCAAUCUAUGCCCUUUAAACACUUUUUUAUCGUGAUUGCAAACUGCGUAGUUAAAGUUGAUUUCAUAACAGAUAGUAUCUUAAUGACUGAUUUCGCUAACGAUCGUGAUUUCAGUGAAAAUAUAAAUGCAAAAUCUGAGUUAGUGAGAAUGUGAUUCAAAUUAUCACAUACGACUACUGUAAUAAACUAAAGGUGGCCAAUCGAUGAAACGAUAUCAGUCUGUAAUGCUACGUUGGUAUAUCCAGUUUAUUUGGUUUGGGUCCAUGUGAUUAGUGGUGAAUGUAGUCGUAUACAUUAUUCAAAAUUGAUCAUCAUGACAAAGAUUCAUUAACAACUCUUUAUCGUCUUUAAGAUCUUGAGUUCCACUAUUCUUGCAUAUAUACCUUUUCAUUCUGUUUUUUCGAACCAUAUUGUAGAUUUUCAAUUAUUUACAUUAUCAUUCCUACUUUGUUAUUUCGAGUCCUUUCCUAUUCAUCUUGUUAUUUUCAUCUUGUGCUAAUAUUAUGGUAUGGUAACUUGACUUAAUGCACUUCUUUGUUUUGCUCUACGUUAAUUACUACUAUCCAUGACUGAUAUAUGUGUCUAUGAUCCUCUAUUUUAAUAUUCGAUUAUUUAAUAUACUACUCUUUAAGCAGUACUAGUUGAUUUUUUCAUUCUACAAUAUAUUUAUAUAACGGAAAAUGAACACAGUAUAUGAAAAUUCAAUGCAUUUCAUUAAAUAAACUAAGUGUAUUAGUCAUUAUAAAUGUGUUAUAUACUUUACCUAUCUACCUACCUACCAGUCUCCCUAUAUUUACAUGUACAAUAUAUCGAUCAUAGCACAGUGAAGAAGAGCUUGGCGUCAGUUAUUGAAUAUAUAUAUAAAUUGGAUUUCGUCCAUUUCAGUAAUAUGAUUGUUAUUGUUCUGUUUAUAGAAUUUCAGUUUAUCUUCUUUGAAUAAUUUUUAUUUAUCUAUUUAUUAUUAUUCUUUAUGCAAAUUAUUUCAUCACAUUCAAACCUACUUAGAUUGUGCAAAAUGUUUGUAAACUACUAAAGUUAUUAUUUUGACUGUUUGCUUUUAUUGAUUACUAUUCGAAAAGAAUGGUACUAUUACUACUACUAGUAGUAGCAAUAGUAGUUAGUAGUUUGUUAAUGAUGGUUAUGAUAACCACCUGUAUUAAUGUAUGGUGAUUGACUGUGUUCAACUGUUGAGUUUUAUUAAUGACUGUUUGUUCAAUUGAUCUACCUUUACAUUCUACUGUGACCUCUUCAUGUUUUGUUUUCUGGAUAAGUUCAGUUUUUUCCUCAUAAAAGUCUUUCAAAUAUCUAUUACGAAGAUGUAGGACAAAGAAUAAUGUUCAUAGGUUUAAUCACGAGCUAAACUCCCAUUAAAAACCAUGACACACUGGAUAUCUGUUUCAUCCUAGUAUAUGACUCCUCAGUGUGGUGUGGUCUACUUAUA